CGGUAGAAGUCAGAAGUACUUCCGGUCAAGAUGGUGGAACCAGAGGAUACUGCCAAUCUGAAAGCCCAGCUUGAAGUGAUAUCGAAAGAGACUUCUUUUUUGAAGAAGUACUUUGCAUUGCGUAAAAGAUGCGAGCAAAUUCAACAGUCAAAUGAAAAGAUGGUGAACAGGAUACAGCAUGCAAAAAAGCUGAUCAAGCGUUAUAAAAGAGAUAAAAGGUAUCUGAGUUCAAGACUUGAUGAACAUGGUGAUAACUACAGAGAUGUGCAAGUACCUUUAAUGUGGGAGGAGGAUCAGCUGUUUGGUAACUUGAGAAAUACGUCUUACUUUCCUGGCACGGGUUCUGACUCUGAAGGGGAAGGUCAAGGUCGACCAGAACACAAAAGUGCCUUGUCUUCCAUCCAGCCUUUGCUUCAGGCCCAUGGCUUAGGACAGUUGGACUCCUCAAGCAAAUCAAGAAAGGUUAAGAUUGAGAAAGAGAAAGAUCCCAAUGCUCCGAAAAAGCCUGCCAAUGCCUUUUUGAUGUUCUGCACAACCCGACGCACAGCGGUUCAAGAAGAGUAUUUCAAGGAACAUAAAGAGGAGAUUGCUCACCAUGAAUUGACAAAAACCCUGGCCCAGCAGUGGAACGCUCUUGUUCCAGAGGAGAAGAGGAUCUACUAUGACAUGUAUGAACGAGAGAAAGAAAGGUAUGAAAGAGAAAUGCGCAGUUACAAACCAAAACAGGAAGGAGCGUCUGGAUCGAGUGCUUUUGAUGCUGCAGAAUCAAGUACUAGCGGAAAUGACACUCUUCAAACGUCUUUCAAGGAGGAACUAGAUGUGUGAAACAACUACUCAACAUUAAAGUGCAAUUUUGUAUUUAUUCUUUUUUUUUUAAUUCAUUUUGUUUUUUUGUAAUUUUCGUUAAUUUCUCUUUAUUAUCUAGGAUUAUGGUUUUGUUCUUGCUGUUUUUGUUUUGUUGCUGCUUCUGCGAUGUGAUGUGAGAUCACAAAGCAUUCCUUGUCCUUCACUGUUGUUGCUUUUGAAAUGAUUAUGCUUAUGUUUGUUUUCCCCUUUUCAAUGAAAAAUAAGAUGGAAAACUUAUUGAAAUUGGAAGAUAGAUGAAAAAGAAUGAUGCUCUUCUAUGACAGUCAAAUUUAGUGUUUUUCUGGAGUUAGUUUAGAGCAUUUUAUUAUUGUUUUCUCAAACAGCAUGAAUUUUGCCAAUGUCUUUUUGGGAAGAAGAACAACAUCAUAUUUUGGCAAAUUCAUGCAAAUAUAGGCAUUAAAGCCUGCGCAUUUUCACUACACAUAUUUCCAUGAUGAACUGUUCCUUUUGCUCUGUGAAUGAAGUAAAUAUAGUAAAAUUAUUGUUGGCCUGCUGGUUUAGUUGUGCUUAACUCAAAAUUCGAAUUUUUUUAAAAUUGCAAAUUUUUAAUUUGUGGUAUUGGUUGCAUUUGCUGAAGAAAUAUUUUGUCAAAAUUCUAAUUCUAAAUGUUGAAACCAGCAAAAAGGAUGCAUAAUGUAGGCACAAUUUUUUAACAAAUUAACAGAGUGGUUGAACAGCAUGUGGACCUUAUUAAUUUCCUCAUUCAUUUUAGACGGGGUAGGGAUCUUCUUUUGUAAACUUUACGAAUGAAUGAGGCCUUUAUACUUUAUGCUGAUUGUCAGAAAGCGAUUAUGCUUUUAGUUUCAUUAUGAAGUAUGAUUCUUCGUACUAAAUGAUUACUCGUCAAUGGCAUGAUCCAUGGGAACAGAAGAAUGGACAUUUUUUUUUUAAUAUAAAAAAAUUACCAUACAUACUGAUUUAAAUCUUCGUAAAACAUGGAGAGGAUUGUUUCUGAAAAUUAUUCAUCUUGAUAACUCAUCAUAAUGUGACCAAAAGCCUGGGGCAAAGUGUUGCACACUAUGUCAGAAAAUCUGAAAGUUGGGGAAAGGGAAUGAAUGGUUCAGCAUAUUGAAAAGUAAGUGUGUACGCGUAGAUUCGUAGAUAGACAUUCCAGAGAUGUGGCUGUGACAGUAGUUUGAUCUGCUCUUGUCACGUUUAGGCAUGUUGGCUUGUUCCUUUGUUGACUUUGUUUAGUAACCCCCCCCCCCCCCCCGUCCCCCCUUGUGAAGUGACAACCUAGUUAUAUUUUUUGGACACAUAUUUCCAAAGAAGUUUAGUGAAAUUGUCUUUACUUUUUUGAUGACACAAAAGGAACUACGCCCACACACACAUACUGAUGUUUUUCUUGAAAUCGUAGGUGCUUGAUUGCAGUAGUCUGGUAACUGAUACUUUAAUUAGUCUGGAAAACAUUAGAUAGUUAUCAGUUACUCGCAUGACAGUGUAUAUAAGAGAGAAAGGAAAAGGGCGAGAAAAUGUGUGAAAGGAAAAAAGUAUAGGAUGUGGGAGAUUAUAAAUUCUGUAGACCAUGCUUGUAAGGCUGUACAGAUAUUUAUUGUUAAUGAAUGAUAUUAUUGAUAGUAAGUUUUUUGUUUUGGGGCUUUUUAGAUACUUUUUCUAAGAUUGAUAUUAUUAUUUUUAUAAAGGGUAGUUUUUAGUUUUCUGUUAAUGCUGACGUUUAAAUCGUUUGUCUGUUUUUGUUUUUCCGAGUCCAAGCUCUCUUUUGUUUUUUUCUAAUCUUUCAUCAGUUUGUGUUUACAGUUGAUGAAAGAUUAUAGUUUAGUCCCAUUCAUUAUUUAGGUUGUUUCCAGGUAUUUUUUCCGAUCACGGUUGUGUUGUUGUGCUUUACUUUUACUCAACAAAGUAUGUACUAAAUUUUCCUAUAGAUGAAGUGUGUAGGGAAUUCACUACAAUAUAUCUAUUUUUGAAACUACCAGAUCAUCACCUGCUUGAAGAUGAUUCUGAUGCUGUUGACAUGCAAAUAUAUGGGUGUCAUUUUACAAUUUUAUGCCGUUUUUGAAAACCUCUGUGUGAUGAAGAAACUAGAGCAUCUGGGCUGAAGAAAAGUCUUUUUGCUUGUUGUUUUGUGAAUUUUUCAUGUUUGAUGCUUAUUUUGAAUAUAUUUUUGUUUUCUAGAAUUUAUUCAGUGCUUAUAGGGUGUCGAUGAAGUUUAGGAGACUGAUAAAAAAGGAAGAAAGAAUAAAGAAAUACUUUUCAUAGUGGAUGGUAUUCACUCUUUCUUUUCUCCUUGUUUUGUUGUUCUGCCUCACAAGUUGAAAGCCUGAUGACAGUGGAGUAAAAAGGAACCUGUUUAAAGUAAAUGCAAAUGUCAGCAAGUACUUCAAGUGCCUACCAUAAUAUGCCAUGUACAUUUCAUUCCAAAUUUGUAGUUAAUCGGUUUAAUUAUUUUUUAAAACUCUUUUUAAAAAGUUGUAUUUGUUUUGCUGUGUGCUCUCUGUCUUUAGUUAUAUAAUGGAUGUUUUUCAGUAUGUGUAUCUUUCCUGAUUUGUGUAUGCCCCUGUUCAUGUAUAUGUGUGAUUAUUUGAGGAUGCCUAUGUGCAUGCACCUGUAGACCUGGAUGUCUUUUUAUUGGUUUAUUGAUAUUGUUUUAGUAUUAUGUUGAGAGAACAUGUAUGUAAACAACUAUAAUUUUAUUUUUUGUAUUUCUGGUAUAAGAAUGUGUUCCCUGUCCUCCUAAAGAGGGGUUGUUGUUUUUUUUCAUAUCUCAUAAAUGAGAGAUUGUGGCUGAAGUUGAAGUGGUGCUUGGUGAAACCUUAUUAUUUGAAAAUGUGUUGUUAUGUUCAGCAGCAUUAUCUUGAUCAUAUACCACGCUUUACUCGAAAUACUGCAGUAACUUUGAGGUACUAUGGAGAUAUUCUUAAAAUUGAACAUUGUAGCCUCAUAGCUUCAUGCCCAUUUUGUAAAUAAUGUAGCGACUUUGAAUUUGUUUUCUUUGAUUUUUUUCCGAAUUGAAAAGGAACAUGCACCUUUUCUGGCACCUUCAGCCACACACUUUCUACAUGUAAGUGAGAGUUUGCCUUUUCCACGAUCUGAAAACUGCAAAAUAUUCCCUGCUUGUUUUCACAUUUAACAUUUUCUGAAUCUUGAGAUGACGCAUGUCUCCUAGUCCAUUCAGUCUUCUACUGACACAUGCUCUUAAUGCCACCCUUUUUUCUUAAAUUUCGUCUUUUGGCUUGCAUGUGCAACAGAAGUAUUGGAUUUUUACUGAAAACUGACAUUGUCUGUAUUCAGUGGAAUAUUUGAAAGAAAAUGCUUGAAGUGCACAAUAAAAACAAACCUCUGAAGCGACGUGAGGCUUCAGAUAUUUGAUCUUAUGCAGUUGUGAGUGCCGUAAAACGUCUACUAAAACAAAACAAACAAGAUGUUUGAUUUUUAACGGAGCUUAUCUUACUGAUUUGUGCUGGUUGUCAUAGACCUUAGUUGUUGUUUUUUUUAAAAAGCUUUUGAAAUAAGUAUAAAGCUGGCAGCUCCAGAAUAUUGCUUUAAAAGUAUUGUGCUUGUCUUUGCAGUAUAAACAGAUACUGACCCUUGACAUACUCAUAAUGGCAGUGUAAAAUGUUUUUGUUUCAUUGUUUAUGCUGCUGAGAUGCAUUGAACAAUAAGCCUGAUUAAUCAUUUUGCUAAAUUUUUACUGUAAACAUUAAUGGAAAGAAUGGGAAAAGGUUUAUUACCAGAGAUUUCUAAAGCACAUUUUCACUUUGUUCCUGACAACAGAAUGUGGUCUCUUUGGAGAUUGUUGAGAAUUUCAUGAAAGGAAAAAUCAAAUGAAGUAGUGUUGAAAGAAGCUCGCUUGGGGUUCUCACUUUUAUAAAUAAUUUGGAAAAGACAAAUGUAGUCUCUGGGGCACUUGCAUGAACAUAAAUGCCUGGCUCUCAUUUGAAAAAUAGAAAAUAAAAGAGGCUGAGGUGAAGCAACAACAGCUUACUUAGAGAACCUGAAAAGAUGAGUGAUAGGGAAAGAUCAGGCAGGUUUUUUUAAAGAGUAUCUAAGCUAAGAAAUGAGUGGGGAAACCCUGCCAGCAGAUGUCUGUAUCAGAUCUGGCACUUGAUAAUGGUGAUUGGGCUGUAAGUUAUGAAGUAAUUUCUCUUUGUACAAAAGAUCUAGUACAUGUUAUGUGAGCCUUGAGUUUGCAUCUACUUAUUAUGUGCCAUUUUUGUAAACCUUAAUGCUCAUCUCUCUCACUCACACUGGUUUCACCUCGUCUGUGGGUCAUGAUUCAUGACUUUCUGCCUACCCUGCCAGUCCUCUGCCAACUUCCAGAAACUAAUGAAGGAUAGACUUGUUGGAACUUCUGUCUGUGCUUUUUUGUUUCCACAGUUUCUCUUUUGCUCCUGUUUACUUUUCCUUCUUCUUGAUAUGAUUCCUUAUUGACUGGUUUUUAUGAGGCCUGCUUAUGGGGUGGCAUCAGACUGUUUUGAGGCAGUCUUUGAAUGAGCAGUUGAUAACCUUGAUUCCAUCAAAGUCAUCUUUAGAUAGUGGUAGGACUUUAGUAUUUAAUGUUUUUGUCAUCUCCUAGUAGAUUUUUUUAUAACCUCAUUAUUUUAGCAAAUUGUUCAUGUUAGACAUGCAUACCUGUAUUUGGUUUCAUUUAUUUAUGAAUAUAUUUCAAAUCUCCUCUCUACUUUGGGUGGAAUGGAAUUAAGUUUUACUUUAUUGGAGUAUAAGAACAGCUGGUAAGUUAACUAGAUAGAAAGUUUGUGUUAAGCCUUUGACAAUGAAUGUGUAAUGAAGUUAACAAGAUACUGUUCGCUUUCUCUUUACUCAGACAUUUUGUCUAGGCAAAAAUGCAUACCUGUCACCCGACAUUAUAUCGUCCAAAAUAUGUUAUUUUAAGGGUAGAAAAAGGAAAGUUUUAGAAAAAGUGUAUAUUUGUCAGCCUAUAUUCUCUCAGAGCUGCCUUCUUUAUAUUUGUUCAAGAAAAGGAGUAGAAGAGAGGGAGUUGAUAUAUUCUGUUGUUGGUUCAGUUGAAAUUGAAUAUAACGAAGUUCAUGUUUUCAUCUUGCAACACUUCAAGCAUGCUUGAUAUACUUCCAAAGCCUGCUUGGUUUUCCCAGAAAUUUGAA